AUGAUGUUGUCUCUGCCUAAAAUGUUUACGAGCACCACUUGGCUUCAACACUUGGAACUUGAUUUCAUUCCAUCUCUCUCUUCAUUUCCGGAUGAUGGUCUACCCACUUCUUUGCAGUCACUAAGUAUUACUAACUGUGAGAAUUUGGCAUUCCUGCCUCUUGAAACUUGGAGCAAAUACACAUCACUUGUGACUUUGAAGUUAGAGGGUUCCUGUAAUGCACUGACCUCUUUCCCAUUGAAUGGUUUCCCAGUUCUUCAAAGGCUUUCGAUUCGAGGCUGUCGGAAUCUGCAAUGCUUUUUUAUUUCAGAAAUGUAUACCUGUUAUCCAUCAACCCUCCAAUCAUUUGAGGUUUGUAACUGUGACGCACUUAGAUCACUUCCUCAACAGAUGGAAACCUUCACUGCUCUUGAAAGCUUGAGGCUUAACUUACGAUUAUUGCCAUGCUAUGAAGGAGCUUGCCUCCCUCCCAACUUACGAUUAGUUUCCAUUGAUUCCUUAAGAACAAAAACAUUUGCGACCGGAUGGGGUCUCCAAAACCUUAAUGCUGUGUCUGAUUUGUAUAUUGGAAGUGAUGGUAUUGUUAACACCUUGCUGAAGGAGCAGUUGCUGCCCAUUUCUCUCCUGUCUCUGACAAUAAAUAUCCUUAAAAGGAAAUCCUUGCCAGAAAAUGGACUUCAACACCUCUCCUCUUUGACAAAUCUUACAUUUCAUAGUUGUUUGAGGCUUGAAUCGUUGCCAGAAGACAUGUUUCCUUCCUCUCUGAAAUCACUUGUAUUUGUAUUUUGCCCAAAACUCAAGUCCUUGCCUGACCGGCUGCCUUCCUCUCUGGAAACACUGGAGCUUGAUGUAUGUCAAAGAAUUGAGUCAUUGCCAAAAGAACUCCCUACUUAUCUUAAGCAACUGCGGAUUAGCCAGUGCCGUCUAUUAACAGCAAAAUAUGAGAAUCAGAAAGGGGAGCACUGGUCCAACAUUGCUCACAUCCCUAACAUAAAAAUAAAUGAUGAAUUGACAAUAUGA